AUGGAGACUCUGGCGGCGGCGCCUCGCCGUGCCAAGAGAAGGAAGCCGGGGGCGCCCAAGAGCCCGGAACAGGAGGGUGGAGCAAACAUCUCGCCGCUGGUACCAGCGACGAGUGCGCCUUAUUCCAGUACUCCUGGAGCCGGAGGAGACGAAUCCCACAUCCAAGAUCGACCGCCUGGAGCCGAAGCAGAAGAAGAUGGGGUCGACCGAAUCAGCCGCCUCCCCGACGCCAUUCUCGGUGAGGUCAUCUCUCUCCUCGCCACCAAGGAUGCCGCCCGCACGCGAAUCCUCGCCACCCGGUGGCGCCAUCUCUGGCGCUCCGCGCCUCUCAACCUCGACGGCGGUGACCUCCUCACCAUCGAUGUCGUCUCCCGCAUCCUCUACGCCCACAGGGCCCCCGGCCGCCGCUUUCGCUUCCCCGCACAACACCUGCAGUACUACCCCGCCAUUGUGGAUGCUUGGCUCCGAUCCCCCGCCCUCGACAACCUCCAGAAGAUCGACUGCUUUGCGACGGAUGGGUUGAAACUGCCACCUCAGCCGGCAUCUACCUUCCGGUUCUCGUCGUCCCUUUGCGUCGCCACUUUCAGCCAGUGCCACCUCUCUGAUGACAUCACCUUGGCACUUCAGUUCCCCCGGCUCAAGAAGCUGGCACUUCAACGAGUCAUCAUUUCGGAGAAUUCCCUGCAUAGCAUCAUUGCUGCUUCUCCCGUCCUCGAGUGCUUGCUGCUUCGCAGAUUCUUUGGCUGCCGCUGUGUCAGGAUCAACUCAUCUUGCCUUACAAGCAUUGGGGUGAGUGCUGCGUAUGACCGAACAAUGGCCUACUUAGAAGAAUUCAUUGUCGAGGAUGCACCCUUGCCUUAA